AUGGGCCCCUCCUUCCCAAACUCGUCACUACUCCCAUAUUUGGGCUCGGAUAUUGUGUCAUGGAAGAUUUCUGGGCGGGAAGGGGUGUCGAAUCCCAGCCCGGACGUGCCCCGUUUCACUGCCGUGGGCUACGUGGACGACCAGCAAAUUCUCCACUACGACAGCGAGACGCGGAGACAGGAGCCGUGCAGGGACUGGGUGCGGGGGGCCGUCGACCCAGGCUUCUGGGACGGAGAAACUGCACUCCUCUCCCUGUCCUGUGCCCCUUGGUGGUCUCGCCCUCUCCAGCUCACGUACGGCUGUGAGCUCCGCGAAGACAACAGCACUGGAGGCCACAUGCAGUUGGGCUAUGACGGGGGAGACUUCAUCAGCUAUGACCUGGGAACGCGCACCUGGGUAGCAGGGACAACGCAGGCCCAGCGCACCCAGCGCAGGUGGAAUGAGAAUAAAACCCUUCUUCAGGAUACAAGAGCCAACCUGGAGGAGACCUGCAUCGCGUGGCUGUGGCAGUACCUGCAGCACGGGGAGGCAGCGCUGCAGAGCAAGCGCCCUGUGGCACAGGUGAGCGACCGUCCGUCAUCACGGGAUGGACGCACCACCCUGUCCUGCCGGGUCCACGGCUUCUACCCCAAAGACGUGGCUGUCGUCUGGCUGCAGAACGGGGAGGUGCAGCCCCAGGAGACGAGCCGCUCGGGGGUCCUUCCCAGUGGAGACGGGACCUACCAGACCUGGGCACCAUCGAGAUGGACCCGAGCAGCAACCACAGCUACACCUGCAGCGUGGAGCACGUGAGCCUGGGUGCAGCCCUGAGAGUGGCCUGGGACGAGGGCAGGACGGAGUCCGACCCAGCGAUGAUUGUGGGCAUCGUUAUCGGUGCUGUGCUGGUCACUGCCAUGGCGGGCGCAGCGGUUUUCUUCCUCAGUAAGUGCUGGGCAAAAUGCUUGGGGCCAGGCCAUGGCCAGACCUUGGGGUUGGGGAGCAGGGAGGGCUACAGCUACAGCAACAGCUACUCCGACUCCUGCAUCCAAGGUAAGUGUGAGGGGCUCUGGCCUGAGGGAUCCCCCAAAGGAGAUGCCUUCCCUCUCUGAGCCAGCCCCGGUGUCCCUAGUCCCCCCAGUCCAGGCAGCUGCAAGGGCUGAGUGCCAGGAGAGCCGAGUGUCUGGGUCUGUGCCACGGAGAGGGGCAGAGCGGGGGUGUCCGUGGCCCCCCAGGCAGCCUGGGCUCUGGGCCUGCAUGUCUGGGGAAGAGGCUGCAGGCCGGGCACGGCCGGGAGCAGAGCUAGUGCAGCGCAGGGGACCCGGCCGUGGGAGGUGCGUUGGGAAGGGGCAUCUCGUCCCCUCCGUGCAGGGAGUGACCCGGGCGGAGCCGCGGCCAGGCCUGUGGCUGCCCCGUGCUGCAGUCCCUGCGGCUGCUCCAUCUCCUGUGUCUUGUUGCCACAGCUGAGCAGAGCCUGGUGGAGCGUGCACCUCGUCCUCGGGACCCUGUGGCGGAGGAGGAGAGGGAGCAGCACAGCAAUGUGCUCCUCUUCAUUUCCAGUUCACAAGCACCUUCGUUUUUGCCUUGAAUUUGCCAGACAAAGCGCUUUGCUCUGGGACAGCAAGGAGCCCAUGUGUGUUAUCUAAACCACUUGUGUCUGUGCCUGAGUGCCUUCAGGGGAAGCCCAGCAGUGAUGUCUAGCCAGCUGCCUGGCAACACCUUGCUCUCCUUC